UCGCUGUGUAGGCUAUAGUUGCAACCGGGGUGAGAGAAAAUAUGAGCACAAAACGCCUGCUAUCUCGGGCGGCGCUUGAGUUCAGUCAUGGAUGAUUCUGAAAAUCACCUCAUUUUCUCCGGCGCGUGGAACUGCUGAAGAAGUGUGCAUUCUACCAAUAGCGCAACAAAAAGGACAAUCGGCUUUGUUUUGUUUUCGUCCCAUUCUCUUUGUCAAUCUAUUGUUUUGAAAGAAUGUGGUUGAAUCCAGAGGAAGUUUUGCUGAAAAAUGCACUGAAGCUUUGGGUUACCGAAAAAUCUAACGAUUUCUUCAUUUUGCAGCGCAGAAGAGGGCAUGGGGAUUCAGGGGGGAAAUUUACAGGUCUUCUAGUGGGAGCUCUGGACUCAGUGCUGGACUCCAACGCCCGGGUCACACCGUUCCGUAUCCUGCUACAGGUGCCUGGGUCACAGGUCAGCUGGACCAUAGCUUGUGGUGCUGCUGUCGGAGAGAUGAACAGACAUUGGGACUGGCUGGUCCAGAACCUACUCCACUCUCUCUCAGUGUUUGAGAACAAGGAGGAUGUCGCUAGCUUCGUCAAAGGGAAAGUCAAGGGUCUGAUAGCGGAGGAGGUAAGGGGGAAACAGGCGGCUCAGGAGGAGGAGCCUGAGAAGUUCCGGGAGGCGCUGCUGAAGUUUGAGCUAUGUUUCGGCCUGCCCUCCUCAGAGAAGCUGGUCACCACCUACUCUUGCUGCUGCUGGAAGGGGCGGGUCCCCCGGCAGGGCUGGCUCUACCUCAGCAUCAACCACAUGGCCUUCUACUCCUUCCUGUUGGGAAAGGAAGUGAAGUUUGUGAUCCCGUGGGCGGAGGUGACGAGGCUGGAGCGGGUCUCCACGGGCCUCAUGACAGACAUGGUGCGUGUGACAACGCGACGGUGCCAGCGAGACUUCUCCAUGUUCCUGAGCCUGGAUGAGGCGUUCGGGGUCAUUGGUCAGCUGGCUGACAUUGCCCUGCGACGCCUGCUGGACAGCGAAGGCCUGGAGCUGGACCGAGUCCUCCAGCAGUCCUCCAACAUCACCAAGAGGGUUCUGGAGGAGCAGGCGUUGAGGGCGUAUGUCCUGGCUCUAUUUCGGCUACCGCGGGGCGAACGUCUUCAGGAGGUGGCGCUGUGUUCAGUGUGGACGCCCCAUGCCCGCUGUCACACGGCAGGAACGCUCUACACCACCGACAGCUACCUAUGCUUCGCCAGCCGAGAGGAGGGCCAAUGCAGCCUGCUUAUCUCUCUCUCAGAGGUGAUCUCCAUAGAGAAGGCGGAGAGCACCAGCCUGCUGCCCAACCCAGUGAUCGUCAGCGUGAGGAGUAAGAAGGCCUUCCAGCUGAUGGAGCUGCAGGACAGAGACAGCCUGGUGGACAGCCUGACAUCACGCCUCAGAUCCCUGCAGUGGAAACACUCCAUGUUCCGCAGCAAGAAAUCUCUGACCUCUUCGUCUCCCUACUACACCUUCUACUAUGACACCAUGUACUGUGACGGGGAGGAGAUCGAGGAGAGACCACUACGUCAAACAGUGAACACAGAGGCUCUGAUGGCAUGCUACCAUCACUCUCAACCUGACCCCAACAACAGCACGGCUACCAUGGAGCAGGUGAAAGAGCGUCUGUGGGAUGACCACUUCUCGGAGUACGGUCGAGGCGUCCACAUGUUCCGCACAGAGAAGAUCCAGAAGCUGGUUGCCAUGGGGAUACCAGAGUCGCUACGGGGAGAGCUAUGGAUGACCUUCUCUGAUGCCUCGUCAGAGUUGUCAUCCCACCCAGACUACUACUCGGGGCUAGUGACGGAGUCUAUGGGGCAAAGCAGUCUGGCCACGGAGGAGAUCGAGAGAGACCUGCACCGCUCGCUGCCCGACCACCCUGCCUUCCAGAACGUCACGGGCAUCGCGGCGCUGCGCCGCGUCCUCACCGCAUAUGCCCACCGCAACCCCAAGAUUGGCUACUGCCAGUCAAUGAAUAUCCUGGCAUCUGUGCUGCUGCUGUACACUAAAGAGGAGGAGGCCUUCUCACUGCUAGUGGCUGUGUGUGAGAGGAUGCUACCUGACUACUUCAACCGCAGAGUCAUAGGUGCUCAGGUGGACCAGUCAGUGUUUGAGGAGCUGAUCCGGGAUCGUCUUCCCGAGCUGGCCGAGCACAUUCCCGACCUCUCCCCCCUCUCUUCCAUCUCCCUGUCCUGGUUUCUCACCCUGUUCCUCAGCGUGCUUCCCUUCCGCAGCGCUGUCUGUGUGGUAGACUGCUUCUUCUUUCACGGCAUCAAAGCCAUCUUCCAGCUGGGGCUAGCUGUGCUGGAUGCUAACGCUACGGCGCUGUGUGCUAGUGCAGAUGACGGCCAGGCCCUCAUGAUCCUCACUGGUUUUCUGGACCAGGUGAAGUACGAUGAAGAUCCGUCUCCCCCUGCCACUCACCCUCUCUCGUCUCAGAGUGGGGAGGAGGAGGGCAGCCUGCCUGUAGAACAACAUACCCUGAUCACUGACCUCAUUGCUGACUCCUAUGAGAAAUUUGGAGACCUGACGGUGAGACAAAUAGAGAAGUUGCGAUGCAGACACCGGAUCCAGGUUCUCCAAGCACACGAGGACACCACCAAGGAGAAUGCGCUCAGGGUGGUGACCCCAGAUGUCUCUCUCUCCCCUGAAAACCUGGCUGAUGUCUACGACCUCUUCAGGACAGAGCACUUCAUCAACCUGUACUGGGGCGAUGGGGGCACCACAGUGGCCCUCCAGCACCAUGACCCAGGCCGGCCCUAUGUGGAGCAGUACAGAGUGGACCGGGCCCAGUUUAAGAGCCUGUACAUGCUGCUGGUUCCCUGGCUUUGUGGCCUCCAUACUGACACUGUGGCCCACCGGACCUUCACACUACUGGACCAGGACAGAGACUCACUCAUCACCUUCAGAGAGUUCGCUGGGUGGCUGGAUACGCUAUACUGUGUGGAACUGAAUGAGAAGGUCAGACUACUGUAUCGUUUGCACAUACCUCCAGCUCUGACUGAGAGUGAGGAUGACCCGUCUCCACUGAAGAGCCCUCUGCUGUCAACUACCAGACCACUCCAUGUAGAGCUGCCCAAUGCUCCUGAUGUGUGUGUUCGUGUUGAAGGGGAGAUAAGAGACUUUCAGGAGCAGUUGAAGCAGAUGCUGAAAGACCUGGCUAAAGAGAAGGAGAAGGAUGUGGAGCAACCUUUACCUCCAAUGAACCAGAGGGAGUUCAUCCAGUUCUGUAAGACCCUCUACAGCAUGUUCCAUGGCAACCCAGACGAGAACGAGCUCUUCCAGGCCAUCGCUACAGUGACCAGCCUGGUGCUGCAGAUCGGCGAGGUCGACCACCGCAGCCGCUGCUCGGGGUCAGAGGUCAGCAGCGAGGGUGGGGCCGGAGACGAAGUAGAGGACGAUCACAAGGAGGGGAGUCAAGAAGACCACCCUGUCUUCAGCACCAAAGAAGAAGAAGGAGGAGGAGGAGAGAGGAAGGAGGGGACCAGCAAGAGUUCAGGGUCUGAGAGUCAGAGCGAGUGGACGGUCAGCUACGCUCAGAUCCUGGCCUCUCUCCUCACAGAACAGCAGUUGGUCAACUUCUUUGAGAAACCGAUGGACCUGUCAGCAAAGGUAGCUGAGGCAAAAGUGAAACAGUACCAUGAAAGGGCUGGUCUGCUUAUGCUCCAGCAAGGGACCAGCUGAUUUCAACAUGACCAACAGAACAUAGAACCUCGAUGUGAGAACCACAGUGUAACCCAAUACUGGGCUUCCAAUCUAGUUUCUUGUCUAGCUGUCCAGGCACCUUUGUCCCCAAUAAGUUGCCGGUGUCCGUGUCCUCCGUCUUACAAGGAUGAGUGGGUACCAAGAGUCCGUAUGUGCCUAUAUUGAGUUGUAGGUAUGGAAAAUGUAUGCACUCACUAACUGUAAGUCGCUCUGGAUAAAAGCGUCUGCUAAAUGACUAAAAUGUAAAUGUAAAUGUAGGUCUGUCGAGCACAAGGGAGAAGUAAUGUAGAUGUGUAGGUCUUCCUCUCCUGAUGUAGCCGUGGAGAAAUGUGGCCUUGUCUUUUGGGAUCAACAACUGUUUAAAAGCAGGUUUACCAAAACCAGAGGCUGCCGAGACAUGUAUGAUAAUCAAGAAACUACAUGAUGUAUCAGUCAUAAUCAUAUAUACUACUGUGAGAAUGUCCCAUGCACUACAUGACACACAGCACCAUGAAAAUGAAUAUUUUAUUUUUUGUUGCUCAGUAUUUAUAGACAAGUUUUCAUUCUGCUUCAUCCGGUCUAUGAAAUGGGAACAAACUAAUAUGCCCAGUUUUAGUGAAAUUUUAUUUGACUUUACAUUGGCUGCCUGGUUGGUGAUACUUGUUUUGUUUGCCAUAUUGUCCAAUCAGGUAGAGCAGACAAGUGUUCUUUUCUGACCAAAUAUUUUUUGCCUGUAUGCCUGCAGUGUAUCAUUUUGGCAAGCUUUUUAUAUAUAGCCCAAGGAGUCAAGGACAUUUAACUGCCAAAUGUUUGUCAUACAAUAAUGGACAUUGGAAUCUUGCCUUUGUAUGCGACACAUUGAAAAUAUGCACCUAGAUCUUUUGUCAAAUCACAUUCGUCACUGUUUACAGCAGGUAUAAAAGGUGCAGCGAAAUGCUUGUGCUAGCUCCCUCAACAAUGCAGUACAUUAAUCAAUAAUGUUUGUUGUAUUGAUUGAAUGCAUUUUGUUAUUUUAAGAACUCUUAUUUUAGGUGUUCUAAAACUGGUUGGGCCUUAUUAUUCUACCAAGCAUAUUUCUUCAUUCAAGCCUUAAGUGUAAGUGACCAGUAUUAUAUUAUAGACUAAAGUCCUACACACCUUCUCAAAAUACUAGAUACUAGACAAACGAAACUGCUGUGCCUCAGAUUUAGUUGAAUAAGUCUUCUAUACAGAACUUGAUUUUGCAAUUUAAAAUCAGUGGUUGCUGUAAAUUGAGGUUUGGGUUAUUCCAGAACCAGACUGACGCCUUCCAAUUGACUACAGAUGCACCUUUGAUUUUGAAAUGUUAUUUGUAGUGCACACUCACAAGUUCACUUGACGUGCAUUAUCACAAAUCGGGCCAUUUAUCACUUUAACUUAUCAAUUUAAUAUCUGCUGCAGAAUAUCAGACAUGGAUUGUUUGUAAAUCAUUAAAACCAUUUUUGCAUCCUUA